UCCGAUUCAUCAUUCAAAAAAGGAGACGGCUGAAACCAUUGGUUCCGCUUUCCCGGAUACUCGAAAACCUGGUGGACCUCCGGAGUCCUAGGUUCGUAUUGUUCUCGAACAGACUUUUGCCUCACAAGUACUUCCAAACACUCGGUCCUGUGCACCAGUGGGGUCCGACUCUUACGAUUCUUUCCUGAAAGGAAAUUUGGAAAUCAGUGAUUGUUUCUGGUAGGACCUGAAGAGAGGACGCUCACUUCCGGCGGAGGGACUCUUUCUAACCCGGAAUGGAGGAAGCCGGGGGGCUGCUGUUGAAAGGGAAGAGACGGCAGUUGGCCCCCGAGGCGCGCCAGGGCACAGAUUCGGAAUGGAGCCCAUCCGGAGAAGGCUGCGCUCCGGACCCCAAAGACGUCGUGUUCCAGUCGCCGCGAGCCAUCCUUGCUGUAAAGAGCCUCCCCCGGGGGUUGGCCCUGGGCCCCUCAUUCGUGGAGGAACAGCGCUUGGGGGUCUGGUGUGUCGGGGAGCCCCUGCAGCCAGGGCUGCUCUGGGGGCCGCUGGAAGAGGAGUCGGUCUCGGAGAAGGGUGAGAGAGUGGAACCACCGCAGGAAGAGGUACUGAGGGAGAGGUGUCUGCUCUGUGACCGAAAAUUUGGGGAAGUUCAGGACCUGGCAUUAGGCCUAGGGGGAGACGUGUGUGCCUGUGAGCAGAGUGCAAGCUGGACCAGUUUGGUGCAGUGUGGCCAGCGGGAGAGUGAGGGAAAUGUGGCCACAGUGUGGAUCCAUGAGAGGCUCCACCUACAGGUAUACCGGCUUGUGCCACCAGGCUGUGAGCUGCUACUGUGGCGCUGGCCACCCUGUAUGGGUCUGAGCCCCACUCAGCCCAGGCCAGAGGAAGAGGCAGCUGUGGCAGUGGUGACAGAAGUGGAGUCUGUUGGACAACAGGAAGUGAACUCCCCUGGGGAGGAUACAGCAGAAGCUUGCACAGAUCCAGGUCCCCAGUCACCUGCCAGUGUCCCAGCAGAGAGUGUGGUGAGGUCUGAACAGAAGUCUCAAACCCAGGACCAGCUUUCCAAGGAUGGCACACCGCCUUGCCCGUUGCUUCAGGAGGGCAGCAUGGAUGAGGAGUGCCCACUCCAGUCGCACGUGCCACCUGAGCCUCAGAGCAGCUCAGCCAUGCAGCAGAGCCCAGAGAGCAGGGAGGCCCACUCUGCCAGGGGCACCCAGCUACAGGCCUACCGGGCCAGGAAGUUAUGUGGCCCCAGUGAUCAGUACCCGCCCAGAGCCAAGCCCUCAGAGCCGGGGGCCCUGAACCCUGGCUUCUCUGGACUGCCGCGGGGCCCCCCUGGCGCAGCGCGAAGCUCCCCAAAGCAGGGGCGACGGUACCGAUGCGGGGAGUGUGGCAAGGCCUUCCUACAGCUGUGCCACCUGAAGAAGCAUACAUUUGUGCACACGGGCCACAAGCCCUUCCUCUGCACUGAGUGUGGCAAGAGCUACAGCUCAGAGGAGAGCUUCAAGGCUCACCUGCUAGGCCACCGUGGGGUGCGGCCCUUCCCCUGCCCGCAGUGUGACAAGGCCUACGGCACCCGGCGAGACCUCAGAGAGCACCAGGUGGUGCAUUCCGGUGCCCGGCCCUUUGCCUGUGAUCAGUGUGGCAAGGCCUUUGCCCGCCGGCCCUCCCUGCGGCUGCAUCGCAAGACCCACCAGCUGCCCGCCACCCCUGCCCCAUGCCCGUGCCCCGUGUGCGGGCGGCCCCUGGCCAACCAGGGCUCCCUGCGGAACCACAUGCGGCUGCACACAGGGGAGAAGCCCUUCCUCUGUCCACACUGUGGCCGGGCGUUCCGCCAGCGGGGCAACCUACGAGGACAUCUGCGGCUUCACACUGGGGAGCGUCCUUACCGCUGCCCGCACUGCGCUGAUGCCUUCCCCCAGCUGCCUGAGCUGAGGCGCCACCUCAUCUCCCACACCGGCGAGGCCCACCUGUGCCCCGUGUGUGGGAAGGCCCUCCGAGACCCCCAUACCCUCCGCGCUCACGAGCGCCUGCACUCGGGGGAGAGACCCUUCCCGUGCCCUCAGUGUGGCCGGGCAUAUACGCUGGCCACCAAGCUGCGGCGCCAUCUCAAGUCCCACAUGGCAGACAAGCCCUACCGCUGCCCCACCUGUGGCAUGGGUUAUACCCUCCCCCAGAGCCUCAAACGGCACCAGCUCAGCCACCAGCCUGAGGCACCUUCCCAGCCCCUCUCUGUGCCUCCUAUGUCGGAGCCCACCGUGGUGCUGCUGCAGGCUGAGCCCGAACUGCUGGACACCUGCAGUGAACGUGCAGUCUCCCCAGCCGGGGCCGUGGUCGAGGUCACUGUCUCAGAGAGCCAGGAGAAGUGCUUCGUGGUGCCUGAGGAGCCAGGCCCCGCCCCCAGCCUGAUGCUGAUCCACAAGGACGUGGGCUUCAGCACCUGGGCAGAGGUGGUGGAGGUGGAGACGGGCAGCUGACGACUUCAUCUGCCCCAGGCAAGCGCUCUAUAAAGACCGAUUUACUAGGUUUACUAGCU